CACAUUUUUUCUUCACGUAGGUUGCACAACGUCUGCGCUCUGUGCAUUAAUUAUGUUAUAAUACACUUUAAAAUAUAAAAAAAUAUAAAAAAAAUAAAAAAAUACCAAAAAAAUUGUAAAAUUAAUAUCCUAAAACAAAAAAAAAUUACGAGUAGUGCGUUAACGUCAGUGAAUUGUGUGUUAACUAGUUCGGAAGCUUGGUCAUCGUGCAACGUUUCUCUCUCUCGGGUAAUAUACGCCUAAUUUUAUACCUUUUUUUGCGUUUAAGAGUAGUUAAUCGUACAAAACAAGCAAAAUGAAUACCGGACCCGGCGGACCGAAUUACCCAAUGGCUUCGUUAUAUGUCGGCGAUCUACAUCCAGACGUCACCGAAUCUAUGCUAUUCGAGAAAUUCUCCACAGCUGGACCUGUACUCUCCAUUCGCGUGUGUCGUGAUAUGAUCACACGUCGAUCUCUCGGUUAUGCCUACGUUAAUUUCCAACAACCAGCCGAUGCUGAAAGAGCUUUAGAUACUAUGAACUUCGAUACGUUGAAGCAAAAACCUAUCAGGAUAAUGUGGUCUCAACGUGAUCCAUCUUUGAGAAAAUCCGGCGUCGGAAACGUAUUCAUCAAAAACCUGGAUAAAAGUAUCGAUAACAAAGCCAUGUACGACACGUUUUCAGCGUUUGGAAAUAUUCUCAGUUGCAAAGUUGGUCAAGAUGAAAAUGGUGCCUCAAAGGGAUACGGAUUCGUCCACUUCGAAACCGAAGAAGCUGCUAACAAGGCUAUCGAACGUGUCAAUGGAAUGUUACUAAACGGCAAAAAAGUAUUCGUUGGCAGAUUCAGAACUCGUGGAGAACGUGAGAAGGAGCUCGGCGAAAAAGCCAAAUUAUUUACAAAUGUGUACGUUAAAAACCUCCCAGAAGACUACAGCGAUGAUAAAUUAUACGAACUCUUCGAACCAUAUGGCCACAUAACGAGUCACAAAAUAAUGUUCAGCAACGAUGGCAAAUCAAAGGGAUUCGGUUUCGUUGCAUUCGAAGAUCCAGAAGCGGCUGAAAAAGCGGUCCAAGAAUUGAAUGAAAAAGAAAUCAGCGAUGGCAAACCUUUAUACGUCGGACGAGCUCAAAAGAAAGCUGAAAGACAACAAGAGCUACGUCGUAAAUUCGAGCAACUGAAAAUAGAAAGACUUAACCGCUACCAAGGAGUAAACCUGUACGUUAAAAAUCUAGACGACAGCAUCGACGAUGAACGUCUCCGUAAAGAAUUCCAACCCUUCGGUUCCAUAACUAGUGCAAAGGUUAUGUUGGAAGAUGGCCGCAGCAAGGGUUUCGGUUUCGUGUGCUUCUCGAAUCCGGAAGAAGCCACCAAAGCUGUGACCGAAAUGAACGGCCGUAUUGUCGGUAUUAAACCAUUGUACGUUGCGUUAGCUCAACGCAAAGAAGAUCGUAAAGCUCAUCUGACGUCGCAGCACAUGCAACGUAUUGCCAACGUGCGCAUGCAACAAAUGGGUCAAAUGUUCCCGACUGGUAGCGCUAGCGGAUACUUCUUACCGACGCUGCAACCUCAACCGCAACGAUUCUUCGGACCUACACAGAUGGCGCAGAUUAGACCGCAACCUAGAUGGCCAGCGCAGCCUCAAGUCAGACCCAAUGCUCAAGCAGCAAGUUACAGCAUGCCUGCACAAUUCCGAACGCAGACCAGAGUACCGACAACUGUAGCUCAACAAACCUUGCGAACAGCCGUGACCACGAGAACGCUCAACACGCAACCGAUACCGUCGCGUAUUCCACCAAUGGGCCAAGCUGUAUUGGCCGCCUCCGGAGCUUCAGCCGCCAACGCCGCUGCUGCCGCAUCCAAUAGACCGCAGCCGUUCAAAUACACAUCGUCUGUUCGUAAUCCACCCCAAGGCGUACCUGCUGUAUCUCAACAAGCAGUCCAACAGCCGGCCGUACAUGUCCAAGGACAAGAGCCACUCACAGCUACCAUGUUGGCCUCGGCCGAUAUCAACGAACAGAAACAAAUGCUCGGAGAACGUUUAUUCCCGCUUAUUCAAAGCAUGUACAGCGAUCUGGCUGGAAAAAUUACUGGAAUGUUGCUAGAAAUCGAUAACUCCGAUCUGUUACACAUGUUGGAACACCACGAAAGUUUAAAAGCCAAGGUGGAAGAAGCAGUAGCUGUAUUACAAGCGCAUCAAGCCAAACAGGCUGCUGCAUCGAUUAAACCUGCUCAAAUUACGGCCGCCGAAUAAUAAUAAAAAAAAAAAUUGUUCGAGAAUAUAUCAAUCUUCAAAACCACUCUUUUAAUUUUUUUUUCUUUCUGUUUCGUUUGCCAGUUUAUCUGUGUAAUUUCUUUAUUAUUAUAUUCGGUCGAUUAUCCGUGUAUCUUAUUUUAUGUUUAUUUAUUUAUUUUUUUCUUUUUCCGUUUCUUUCUUUUUUAUUGUCUAAAACCCGUGAAUUUUUUUAAAUCUUAAAUCGGGUUUACAAUUAAAUAAUUUACAGAUAUAUCUAAUACCUAUUUAACGAAGGAGCAAUACUGUGUACUUUUUUUUGUAUGGCUUUUUAUACCUUAGUACAUGUGUAUUUUGCUCUAUAUUCUUGAAUUUAUUCUCUUUUUUUUCUUCUUCUGAAAUGUAUUGAAUUUAUUAUUAUUUUUUUGUGAAAAUUUUUCAAAAAUAAAAUAUAUCUCGACAAAAAAA